GCCACAGCCCGGCUCGGCUCGCCACAGCCCGGCUCGGCCCCGCACAGCCCGGUUCUGCUCGGCUCGGCACGAUGGAGACGGGCGGCUGCCGGAUGAGCGGCGCGGAGCCGGGCGGCCCGGCCGUGAUCACGCUGGAGGAGCUGGACGGCAUGGCGGAGGAGAGCCCCGACUCGGCGUACCACAGCAACGGCAGCAGCCUGGAGGAGGAGGCGGCCGAGCGCAUGGAGGACGAGGAGCAGGAGCGGCUGCUCAGCUACUGGCAGAGCGUGGGCAGGGGGCACCAGGUGGACGUGCCCCGCGACAUGGCAGAGCCAAUUCAGCAGCUGACCAGAAAUAACAGUCCCCAGGAGAGACAGACCAUCCCAUUUACCCUGAUCCAGCGCAAAGAAAAGCUUGGAGACCUGCUUUAUGAAAAGCGUCAGUAUGGAAAAGCCAAGUGGGCUUGUAUAAAGAUGAAAGAAAAACAGUAUGAACAGAGCAUUUGUCUUGGAUUCAUGAAGCUUAUGAGGUACAUUUGUGAGCAGAAUUCCUCAGGGCUGUACCUGGGGAUAACAAUACCCAUUGUGACCAUCGUACACACAAACGAAUCUCAGUCGGAGAUGACGCAGUCGGUGACGGUAGCGUACUACCUGCCCGAAGUGCUGCAGGACCAGCCACCUCAUCCCUUUGACUCUGACAUCAUCAUUGAAGAAUGGCCUUCUACUAUUGUUUAUAGUAGGAGCUUCAGAGGAAUCACCAAUGAAGACUCUAUAAUGAGAGAAAUAAACCUGUUGGCGGAAAUUCUGGAGAGCCCAGAGUUAUGCUUGCAGGAUACGUUCAUCAUUGCAGGAUAUACAAACCCAGCUGCUGCUAAUCGACACAAUGAGAUCUGGUUCCUCCAAAGACCGUAGCCUCCCGUUUCUGAUGCUUGUCUGUUACAAGAAUCAGCUCUGAUUUACUGGCAGAAUUUUACAUGUGAAUUGUGUGAGACUAGAUGUCAAACCCUCGAGGAAAUACAAAAAAUGUGGCUUUUAGCCAGCUUAGCAAGGCAAUCACUCCAACUUACUAAGCAAACAGAGCUAACAUAUGAAACCAUUUCUAAAUAAUUCUUAUGGAGAUUUUAGCGCUAUAAAAAUGAGAAGAAUUAGUUCACCUUAUUUUCCUCCCUUCCCCCCAAGAUAACGGAGGCAGAGCCCUCUCCCCUCACCCACUUAUUAGCAUCUCUGAUCUGUUGGGGCUUGGGACUGUCCUAACGGAGCUCCUGGAGCCCCACUCCUGGCUUGCUCUGGGCACCUAGGGCUACAAAAAGGCACUGCUGGGGCUUUCGAUGGGACACGCAUUAAAACAAAUUCACACGUCAUUCAGAAAAAAAGGAUUUUCAGGUCUUAAUUUCUGAAGAAAGUUACCAGAUUUAGACCACUGGGAUUAAACCAAGGACAGGACUAGGCCAAUGCUGACCAGUUUUGUUCUUAUCUCCUGUGGAGCAGAGAUUCUCAAUGCUUAAUGCAUUACCUCACCAAGCAUUCAACCAAAGUACUUUAGACCUUGAGAAAGGACCGAGGCAGCAGAACAGUGCUUAGGCUCACUGAUGUUUUGGUAGAAAAGAUACAGCUCACCUUAAUCACACACUUGCAGUAAUCCCAUGACUAAAUGUGUUGUUCCCAAAUAGAAGGCAGUUAAUUUCAGCUCCAGCUUUCUGAACACUUUGAUCUUAAACCUUUACUUCGGCAGCCCUGUUUUUAACAUUCAGCAAUCUCUUCACUACUUCUACAUUCUUACAGCAGUGCUAUGCUGCUGAAGUUAGAAACGCUACCAGUAUACGAAGCACAGAACCACGUAAACCACACAGCCCCUGACGCUCACCUGGCCUGGCCCUCUGCUGGAAGGGCCAGCGCCCAUGGGGCUGCUCAGGACCUCGUGCAGCCCGGCAUUCAGCACCUCCUGGGACGAGGAUCCCCUAGCCCCUCUGGGCCCUGUUCCAGUAUUUGACCACCCUCACUGUGAGAAUUUCUCUUCCUAAUUCCUAAUUUUCCAUGCUGCAGCUUGUUUCCUUUGCCUUCACCCACGUGGUGAUUCUAGAAGCAGCCUGCUCGCCCAGCGCACCGGGACUCGACGCCCAGCCCGCACAGCUCCACCGCCCCAGGUCUGAGCAGCACACAGGCUUUGCUACGUACCAGUUAGGGAGCACCCGACGCACUUUAGAAUCGAGUUAGCAAACAGGUUUGCUCUCUGAAAUCCGUUCCAUGUCUCCCCUUAGAGAUACAAUAGUAGAGUUUAAUCUGAAUCUAAGUAAAUGACUCUUUGGAUAAAAUUUAAUGGAGUAUUUCCCCAGAGUCACGUAUCAGCUACAAGAUUCAGGCGUUAAGUUGAGCUUUUGUGUUCUCCAGUUGCAACACACAACAUGACAACCAGAGCCGCUGUCUGAGCACUUCUGGUAGUGUUUGUUAAUUGGCAAACAGAGCGGAUUUACGCAGUACUUCUGAAUAGACGUGCAGGUCCCAAGACCUUUAAGCCUCCCAUUUCCGCAGGGCUCUGUGCUGCACAAAACUGACUUUAUGUUAACCAGGAACGUGCGGCAGGGUCCGGGGGGGCGGCUGGGAGCUGCCGGUUGUGCUUCUGCAUGACCACGGUGCCCUCCGGUGGCUGCUGCCUGCAGAGACGGGGGAGAUGCAAGUGGGGGAAAUAAAUAGAGAAAAGCCUUACUUCGAACCGACAGUGCUGGGGGAGCAGUCCUCACCCCCUUCUCCUCAAUCUCUUAUUUCCCCAGCCGUUCAGCCUGCCCUAGCCCAGCACAGACAGGCGCACUGCCACAAACAGACUGGGAUUAGAGUGAUCGGGAGGGGGCAGUUGGCAGGACAAAACCUCAGAAAAGGCUGUGGGGUUUGGGGUCCUCGUUUCAGCCAGAGAGCUACCGAGCCUGGUUUGCCCAGUGGGCACCCCGAGCUGCCAGGUGACAGCACAAGUGCUGGUGCCAGUGGUGGCCCCAGCUGGGAGCGCUGUUUGAUGCGCCAGGUUAAAUGCACAUCCAAGCAUCUCUUACCCAGCAGGAUGAGGUGGUGAAGGUGCCUCUCUUAUCUUUUACUGCUCUCAGCUUGUUCAAGGUACAGGAUCACAACCAGGGGAUACAAAUCGGACUUGCUUUUCAAUACGUGGAAUCGUGUCCUGUUUGAGUACCCUGAACGUUAGGGACCAGCUGGAGCAGGCAUUUUAUCUCUGACUUUUGGUUAUUGUCAACAUCUCACAUUGCUGGAACUGCCAGCCAGUAUUAAAGUGGAAGCUAACAAACUAAUGGGAAAUAAGAAAGACUUUUCUAAAGCUGACUUGCGUAGAAGGUCCAGAGAAGCAUUAAUGACAGGUUUUGUUUUGCCCACUCCUCCCUACCCCCCUCAAUUUUUAUACAAAGGCAAAUAAAAACAGAUUUUCAACUCUCACAACAUUUUGCAUCAAAGGAAAGAGGCUUCUGCAGGCUGAUUGCUUUGGCUGUUUAUAGAAACUAUUAUAGUACAAACGUAAAAUGCCUACUGGGAGCAGGUCAAUCCUCUCACCAGAAAGUAUCAGUUUUUAAAUGUAAAAUUAUGUACAAAGUCUAUCGAAAACGUGUUUGGUAUGUCUCUUUCCAUAGAGAAUCUUCACCUAAAUACUUCUGCAGCUCAGUUACUUGUGAUACAUAAUAGAAACACACUUGUUACUCAAGCAGAAAAGCAAGGUAUUUCUCGGGAUGUGCUGAUAUCCUAAGCACAGCAAGCGCUCAGUGUUGUUUUAUGUACAACUGUGAAUUCCAGAUAGCACUUAUUUUGACUUGUGUUAGGCCGCUUCUGCUGCUGAGAAAGAACCAAUUAAUCUGAAGUUUGAAGAUACACUUUAUGGCUACGGAACACGACCAGCUUCUGCAAACAGCCCUCACAAAGUACUGCGUUUUUUCACUGACACAAUAAAGUUUGCCUGGUAGUUAUGCCCAUGAACGCCACGGAAAUGAUAUAUUUAUUUCAGUAACUGUAACAUUUUGGAAAGUUUGAAAACCUUACGUCAAACAUAAUUACCUGAGUCCUGUUAUGGGAAUAGGUAUUUUAUUACCCACCUGCGGCUCUGCUUUGUAAGCCAUUAAUUAAAGGAUUUCCAUUUUUAAUUUGAAGUAUUUGAUUUCUACUACUCAAAAGAGAUAACAGAAGAGAACUCAAGCAUAUUUUUGAAGUUUAAAUGCUGUAGCCUUAACAGAUAAACGUUGUCCCGCAUACUGUGUAUUUUUCAAACAAGCAUUAGUGCCUAAAAAGUUAUUCCAGCUAUUGUGAUACUCAGGUCCUUGCUUAUUGUAUGUAUGCAGAUAUAAGCACAAACAAUUUUCCUGGCAUUGCUGAGUUGUGCAGCUUUACACUGCCCUUUAUUUUCACUUAAAUGUUGUCUUGUUUACUGUUACUGUUUGUCAAAAUUAAAGAUAAUGAUUUUAUUGUGC